UCCUCACUCUCACAGCGUACGGACUCUAACUCUGAACCUGCUAUUCCAGACUCUGGACGGAUCUUUGCACCGAUCUGGAUUACCGCUCGUUGGGACUUUAUUCCGGGAAUUUAACGGGACGGCAGCAGCCUUCGCGCUGUGGAUAUUUCUUCUUCUUAUCCUGGAGUUUGUGGAUUAUUUUUGUGACUUCAACAUGACUCUGGAAGAGGUCGUCGGCUCCAACAGCACCGAAAAAAAGAUGGAGACGGUGAGUCAGGCACUGGAGGAGCUGCUGGUCGCGGCUCAGGAGCAGGACUGUCUCACUGUGGGAGUCUACGAGUCCGCCAAGCUCAUGAAUGUGGACCCUGACAGCGUGGUCCUGUGCGUCCUCGCCACCGAUGAGGAGGAUGAGGACGACAUCGCGCUGCAGAUCCACUUCACGCUGCUGCAGGCUUUCUGCUGCGACAACGACAUCAACAUCCUGCGCGUGUCCGGGAUGCGGCGGCUCGCUCAGCUGCUGGAGGAGGACAACGAGGACAGCAACGGCAACGAACCCCGGGACCUGCACUGCAUCCUUGUCACCGUAAGUCCGCCUCCCUCCGUCUGAUGCAACACGUGCUCAUGCAGAAAUCACCGCGGAGGAUAAAGCGCCACGUUACGGAAAAAAUGAUGUUAGAUAUGGAGAAUAAAAUCGCAAUGUCACGAUAUUAAAAUCGUACAUUUACAAGAAAAACAAUCGUACUGUUACGAGAUUGAGAAGUCUCAGGCUGAGAUGGAGAGUUGGGUAAUAUGGUAGGAUCCUCUUUUUAUAUGCAGCUAGCCUAUUUUCAAGAUUUCAUCUUCUAAUGUUGACCAUGCAAUCAUCACUUCUAAUAAUUUAUUCAUACUUUGUUGCUUUUUAUCUCAUAUCACUCGACUUUUCAGUCUCAGUCUGUGACUAAUAUUAUGACCUAAAGUUUAAGGCUGUUUUUCUUUAACGUGGCCCUGAUCGUGGCCCUGAUCGUGGCUCUAAGUAAACUCAGACAGUAGUGAGCUCAGACUAUAACAGACGUUAGCGGUCAUCUGACGGUGCGUCUCCGUUGUGUUUCUGCAGAACCCGCCGGUGCAGCCGCUGCAGUCCU